AUGGCUGUCGAUAGGACAUUGUUGUUGCGGCUGCGCGACAAUGGUGAGCCACUUGCAUCGUGUUCUUACGGUCAGGGAGUGUUGACUCUGCCAUCAUUACCUCUGCCAGAGGGCAGUGUGGAGGGCACACCUUUGUUUACGGUUAGAUUGACAAUUGGUGCUGGCUCGCCAAUAUCUAGGGAUGGACUGGUUUGGACAAACUGCACACCGGACUACAAAACGGAGUUUGAUAGGAACAAAUUUUACAAGAAAGUGAUACAAUCUUCUUUCCACAGGGAUUGUGAUAUAGAUUUGGACGUUUAUAGGCCAGGGUCCUUCUGCUUCUACCUAUCGUUUAGAAAUUCCAAGGACCAGUUGGAAACUACAAGAAAAUUUUAUUUUAUUGUCCCCCCAAUUCUGCAUAUCAAUGGCAAACUUCUUCAAUUGAAUGCAAUUGCAGCACAAAGUGUUGUUUCUAAAUGGAUGGGUGAAGAUUGGGAUAAAGUCUUUGCUAGAAUUGCUGCAAAAGGGUACAAUAUGAUUCAUUUUACGCCUUUACAGCAGAGAGGUGAAUCGGAUUCACCUUAUUCCAUUUACGAUCAGUUACAAUUUGAUACCAAUGUUUUUAAGGAUAAUCAAGAUGUUCCUGUGAUGAUGCAAAAUCUGAGGGAAAAGUACAAUAUGCUUUGUUUGACAGAUAUUGUAUUCAAUCAUACGGCCAAUAACUCAGAUUGGCUAAGAGAUCAUCCAGAUGCAGGUUACAACCAUGUAACAGCACCUCAUUUAAUCUCAGCUAUUGAGUUGGAUGCUGCACUACUGAAAUUUAGUUCUAGUUUGAAAAAAUUAGGCUAUCCUGUCGAUUUGAAGUCAACAAAUGAUUUAUUUAAAAUAAUGGAUGGAAUUAAAAUUCAUGUGUUGGGGAGCGGAAAGUUUUGGGAAUUUUAUGUUGUUGAUGUUGAAUCGACUCUACAACUUAUCGCAAAGAUGUGGAAUUCCAAGAUUUCUUCGUGUGGUGAUGAAGUUAAAUUACCGCAAGGUAUAGCUUCUGACGAUUUUGUUGGACUUGCGCGAUUUGUUCGUGAUAACGUUAGUAAAUCACCGUUCGGAGUAUUGGGUGAACGUAAUGCGAAUAAGAUUGAUGUUUGCAAAUUUAUUACUCUACUAAAAUCACUCUAUGGCGAUGAAAUCAGCACUGAUAUUUUGGAAAACGCUCGUAAAAUUGUAGAUGAAGUUAACUCACCAUUAUAUGAGGAAUACGAUGAUGACGUAAGUGAAAUUUUGGAGCAGCUGUUCAAUCGUAUUCAGUAUUUGAGACUUGAUGAAAAUGGGCCAAAACAAGGACCUAUAAAUGACAGAUUUCCAUUAAUUGAGCCGUAUUUUACUCGUUUCCAAGCAAAUGAUGGACAGAAUUAUGCACUUGCGAAUAAUGGUUGGAUUUGGAACGGAAAUCCGUUAGUAGAUUUUGCAUCAGAAAAGUCAAGAGCCUACCUCCGCAGAGAAGUUAUUGUGUGGGGUGAUUGCGUCAAGUUAAGAUAUGGUAGAGGUCCAAGCGAUUCUCCAUAUUUGUGGGAAAGAAUGUCAAAGUAUAUUGAAAUGAAUGCCAAAAUUUUUAAUGGUUUCAGAAUAGAUAACUGUCACUCUACUCCAUUACAUGUGGGUGAGUAUUUCUUGGAUUUGGCACGGAAAACUAAUCCUAAUCUCUACGUAGUUGCUGAAUUAUUCUCCGGUUCAGAAGAAAUGGAUUGUUUGUUUGUUGAGAGACUUGGGAUCUCUUCUUUGAUAAGAGAGGCAAUGCAAGCUUGGUCGGAGGGUGAAUUGUCUCGUUUAAUUCACAAGCAUGGGGGCCGACCAAUUGGCUCUUACAAGUAUGUUCCAUUGGAUGAUUUCCCUUACAAAUCAGAUAUUGAACUUACCGAGGAAUAUUGCAAUUGGGAUCCCAGUAGUCGUUCGAUGAAGUGUGUCUCUGAAAUUAAAAUUCCAAAAAUUUUAGCAGCAGCUCCUCCUCAUGCAUUACUUAUGGAUUGCACACACGAUAAUGAAACACCUUAUCAGAAAAGAACUGUCGAAGAUACAUUGCCCAAUGCUGCUCUGGUUGCUUUUUGCUCAACGGCAAUUGGGUCAGUUUAUGGUUACGAUGAAAUUUACCCCCAUCUGCUCAAUCUCGUUCAAGAAAAAAGACAUUAUGACCUUGAGCAGAACAAUGGAAUCGGGAAAGUCAAAGCCAUCUUAAACAAGAUUAGGCUCGACACUAGCAAUGUCAGUACAGAUAUUGAAGACGGAGAAAAGCACGUUCAUCAUGAAGAUCAAUAUAUAACGUUUCAUCGUACUAAUGCUAAAACUGGAAGUGGAUGGUAUCUCAUCGCUAGAACCAAAUUCAAUGAAAAUUUGCCUGAGCAGCAUUUGCCUAAUAUUCAGCUUUCUCAAACAUCUUGUCAAUUCAAACAUGCUUUUUCGCUUAAAAAAGUCGGCGAUGUACCGACGAGCGACGAGAAACUUCAGGGUAUACCUGUGGAACUUGUGGAAUUGGAUGGGUUCAAGGUUGAGUACGAGGAAGACUCUAGUACUGCUACAAUCUCAAUUCCCGAAUAUUUUCCACCGGGGUCGAUAGCUAUUUUCCAAACGCAACAUAAAGGUAUUGAUGAGAAUUUGGAUCAUUUCAUCAGGUAUGGGGCGGUAAAGGCAACAUCUGAACUAACUCUGGAAUCCGUCAACUCCGUGCUCUAUCGUUCGGAGCCAGAAGAAUUUGACAUUACUCAAGGUCGUAAUGGAUCAUACGAUAUACCGGGCUACGGCAAAUUAGUGUAUUGCGGUCUGCAAGGUUGGGUUUCUGUCUUGAGAAAUGUCAUUUUUACUAACGACUUGUCCCACCCUAUUAGUGAAAACUUGCGAAACGGGUUUUGGGCCUUCGAUUAUGUUAUCAAUAGAUUGGAUUUUUAUAGAGAAGAUACUGGUGUUUCUCACAUUCAGGAGUGGUUACGGGCAAGACUGAAUAGGGUAAGAGAACUUCCUUUUUAUUUGGCUCCAAGCUACUUUGCACUGAUCAUAGGUAUUUUGUAUGGUUGUUGCCGCUUGAAAGCAAUGCAACUCAUGCCUGUUAAUAUUGGUAAAUCUACCCUUUUCGUGCAAGGUCUGUCUCUGACCUCAGUUCAAAUGGUCUCGAAGAUGAGGUCAACUUCAAUAUUGCCCGGUGAAAAUGUGCCAGCAAUGGCUGCAGGUCUCCCUCAUUUCAGCAUCAAUUAUAUGAGAUGUUGGGGAAGAGAUGUUUUUAUUUCACUGAGGGGACUGUUAUUAACCACAGGAAGGUAUGAAGAUGCCAAGGCCCACAUUUUGGCUUUUGCAAAGACUUUAAAACAUGGUCUAAUUCCUAAUUUACUUGACGCUGGUAGAAACCCCAGGUAUAAUGCUCGUGAUGCAGCCUGGUUUUUCUUACAAGCUAUUCAAGAUUACAUUGAUAUUGUACCCAAUGGCGAAGAGAUAUUGAAAGAGAAGGUCAAUAGAAGAUUCCCACUUGAUGAUACGUAUAUUCCAGUUGACGAUCCUUCAGCUUUCAGCUACAGUAGUAGCCUGGAAGAGGUGAUAUAUGAAAUAUUCAGCAGACAUGCCAAGGGAAUAAAGUACAGAGAGGCAAAUGCGGGGGCCAAUCUCGAUAGGGUCAUGAAAGACAAUGGUUUCAACGUUGCUAUCCACGUUGAUUGGUCAACUGGACUUAUUCAUGGUGGCUCUCAGGAUAAUUGCGGGACAUGGAUGGAUAAAAUGGGUGAAAGUGAGAAGGCUGGCUCGGUCGGUGUACCGGGAACUCCGAGGGAUGGUGCUGACGUUGAAAUCAAUGGACUGCUGAAAAGUGCAUUAAGGUUCGUCAUUGGGCUAAAUAAGUCGGGAAAGUUCAAAUUUACUGAUGUUGGAAAAAAUGACGGCUCCAGAAUAAGUUUCAUUGAGUGGGACAAAUUGCUGGGGGAAAAUUUCGAGAAAAAGUUUUAUAUACCGGAGGAUGAAUCUGACGACUGUAACUUUGACAUUGAUAAGACUAUUGUCAAUAGAAGAGGUAUUUAUAAAGAUGUGUACAAAACCGGGAAACCGUAUGAGGAUUAUCAGUUGAGACCAAAUUUCUUGAUUGCAAUGACUGUUGCUCCUGAAUUGUUUACACCCAAAUAUGCCAUUAAAGCGAUCGAUAUAGCGGAUAGGGUGAUAAGAGGACCGAUAGGCAUGCGAACAUUGGAUCCUAGCGAUUACAACUACAGACCGUAUUACAACAACGGUGAAGACUCUUCAGAUUUCGCCACUUCGAAGGGCAGAAACUAUCAUCAAGGACCUGAAUGGGUCUGGUUGUAUGGUUAUUUCCUAAGGGCUUUCCAAAAAUUCCAUUUCAUGACCAAUCCUCGGGCUCAAAACAACUCAAAGACCAAGCCAUCAUCCUACCUGUAUCAGGAACUGUAUUCCCGGAUGGUUAAACAAUCAGAAUGGCUUCUGGACAGUCCAUGGGCCGGCAUCACAGAAUUGACAAAUAAAGAUGGAUCUUUUUGUAAUGACUCAAGUCCGACACAAGCUUGGAGUACAGGGUGCUUGCUGGACCUAUUCUACGACCUCUGGAGCGCAUAUGAGGAGAAUGACGACGAUUCUGCUUAG